GCAUUUGCUACACAUUCGAUAAACAAUGAAAGCUUGGAAGGUUAUUGUAGCUCUUUUGGCAUUAUGGCUACUUAUAAUGAUCUACAUGUCCAACACAGUAUUUCAACCCUCUGAUGGUAAUCUAGCUUUAGAGAGAGAACUUAAACAAACCCUACGACAAUUGGAUAAGCUGAAAGCCCAAAAUGAGGAAUUUCAAAAUUUGGCCAAUGAUAUCAGGAAAUUAUCUAAAGGAAGCAAACUGCCAUUGAAAGGAGGGGGGUCUGACAAUAAGAAGAUCAGAGAACUCCAGGAUAAACUGGAAAGGAUGUCAGAACAACUCCGUGUCCAGGAGAAAGUGGAACUAGUCGAAAAAGCACAGGAGGAUGCUAGUGUCUCAUUGUCAGUUCAGCCCACAAAGGAACAUGAGGUAGCCAGACGACGAGUGGAGAAUACUGCAGCAGAAUUUUGGUACUACAUGAGGCAUCAGCUACUCUCCCUAAAAAAUGAGGCAGAGGGUAACACCAACCUUGUCAGUCAUAUAAACAAAAUAAUAGGAAAUGCCCAUGGAUACCAAAGAACCUUAAAUUCUGAUUUCUUGAAUCUGAGGUCAGUGGAUGGAAUGGAGCAAUGGAGAAAGAAGGAAUCCCAAAAGCUGACAGAUCUUGUACAGAGGAGAUUCCAUUAUCUUCAGAAUCCCAAGGACUGCAGUAAAGCAAAGAAGGUUGUCUGCAAUCUUAGUAAGGGCUGUGGUUAUGGCUGCCAGCUUCAUCAUGUAGUGUACUGUAUGAUGGUGGGGUAUGCCACUGGACGGACUUUGAUCCUGGAGUCCCAAGGUUGGAGAUAUGCAUCAGCUGGCUGGGAGUCUGUGUUUCAGCCACUCAGUAAUACAUGCACCAAGAAAGAUGGUACAAGUUCAGAACAUUGGAAAGAGCCCAGUAGUAUAGAGCACGUACAGGUGAUAGAAAUGCCUAUCAUCGACAGUCUUCACCCUCGACCAAAUUACCUCCCCCUGUCUUUCCCAAAGGACCUAGCAGACCGUUUAAUCCGUCUCCAUGGUGACCCGACUGUGUGGUGGAUUGGACAAUUUGUAAAAUACCUCACACGACCUCAACCUCAUCUUAAACAGGAGUUGGAGCGAGCAAAGCAAAAACUGAACUUUGUGGGACCUAUUGUUGGCGUACAUAUCCGCCGUACAGACAAGCUGGCUGCUGAGGCCUCAUUCCACUCAGUGGCUGAAUACAUGACAUAUGUGGAGGAUUACUUCAGUAAAUUAGAACAACGAAUUCCUGGAGUUCAGCGCAAGGUUUUCCUGGCCUCCGAUGAUCCUACAGCUUUACCUGAAGCCAAAAAGAAUUAUCCAGAUUACACAUUUAUCAGUGACCCUGCUGCUACCUUAUCUGCUGGGCUGAACAGACGCUACUCUGAUGAAUCCUUAAGGGGGGUAAUUCUGGAUAUUCAUUUCCUGUCGCUGUGUGACCAUUUAGUUUGUACCUUUUCAUCACAGGUGUGUCGUGUGGCUUAUGAGAUGAUGCAGACAAUGCAUGGUGAUGCAACGAGUAAUUUUAAAUCUCUGGAUGACAUUUACUAUUUUGGUGGACAGAAUGGACACAGUGUAGAGGCUGUGGAAAGACAUGUCAAACAAAAUGACCAAGAAAUAGAUCUAGAACCAGGUGAUAUGGUAGGCAUUGCCGGAAAUCAUUGGGAUGGGUAUUCUAAGGGUAUGAACCACAGGACAGGGAAAACAGGUCUCUUCCCUUCAUAUAAAACCCGAGAAAAGUACACAAUAGUGGAUUUACCUAAAUAUCCAGAAGUGUCUGAAGAUGGAUGAUAGAGAAUGGAGUUAUAGGCAGAUUAAUGUUUUAUUUAUAUAUUGGUUUUGUUCAGUGAUUUGGAUUGGAUAUUAGUGAAUUUAAUGUGUACAUGAUUUCCACUAAUUUUGAAAACCAAGGGUCAUUAUGACCCUUUGAAGUUCUUUUUUGGGAGUCAAAAAGAAUUUCUGAGGGUCAAAAUAUAUUAUGGUUAUGCUUUCAGUUCUUAUAGUAGAUAUGCUUCCUUACAUCAUGUUUAAAAAAUGAAUGUUAAAUAUUAUUGAACUUAUCACUUGUUUACACAUUUUACCAAUUCCGCAAUUUGGAUUUUUCGGAAUACACAUCAAUCAAGAAGCAAAAUCUGAAAGUUGUUUGAAUGUUAUGCAAAACUGUUCAUCAAUGAAUUGAGCUUUGCUCACCUUUCUGUUAAAAACAUCAGCCUUUCUGACAAAGCCAAACUGAAAUAAAUAUGCUGAUUUCAAAACUCAGACAGAAGUGAUAUUUUUUAUUUGGACUUCCGGUUAUGUUAAGAAUAGGAUAGAUUCUUUGAAAAUUUAAACAGAUUCUUGACAUUAAAAUGUAAUUCCAAUCACUGCCAAUUUAUUCCCAGAAACUUUGAUUAAUAUUAAUGUAAGUUAAUAAACUAGUGUC